GAGAGUAAUUUCAGAGAAUGGACUGCGGCGACAAGGGACGAGCGGGGCAGCCAGUGGAGCUGCAAGUGGAGUUGGUGAAGAGGCAGAGGCAGAAGAAGAAGAUGAGGAGGACGUGCUCGUGAAAGGAAGCGAGAUUCGGGUUGUGAGUUUGUGAGGGGGAGUGCGUUGGAGAUUGAGAGUUUUGCGAGAGGGAGGAGGAAGUGGGGAAGCAAUGCGGUCGCAGAAAGUGCCUUACUGGGCUGAUAAGGAGGCGGGAGGAGAGAGCGAGGAUGAAUCGAGAUCGGGAUCGGAGUCUGGAUCGGAGGACAAUGAGGAGGGUGAUGCAAGGGGCGGAACCAGUGGCUCCGUGCCCCUCUGGCCUCAGAGUUACAGGCAGUCCAUGGAUAUGUACAGCACGUUACAAUCCCCCAGCAUUAGCUUAUUUAGCCCAGGGCUACACCAUCGUCUCAGUUCUUCCCACUUAGCGUCUUCGUACCAAAAGUUUCCUUCAGAUCACAGAGAUGAGCCAACCCUAGGUACACAGCCCCUGAAGAUUCCGUUUCUCCAGGACCAAGAGAAAAAGGAGGAUUAUGUGUUACCUUAUUCCGACCCAGUCCGAAAACUUGAGGAUCAAUUCGUGAAGUCGGAUUCUGUCUACGUGGUUGAAAAGCCUGAACCAACUGGAAGUAGCUUUUUACAAGGACUUUUCAAUGGAAUGAACGUGCUGGCAGGUGUGGGAGUUUUGACCACUCCUUACGCUUUGAAGGAAGCAGGCUGGGUUGCUGUUGUCUACCUGUGUUUACUUUCACUGUUUUGCUUUUAUACUGGAAUUCUUCUUCGACGAUGCUUGGAAAGUGAACCAGGUCUAGCUACGUAUCCGGAUAUUGGACAGGCCGCGUUUGGUAAUACUGGACGGAUUAUCAUCUCAAUUAUUCUUUACACGGAGCUAUACGCAUGUUGUGUGGAGUUCUUAAUUCUGGAAGGAGACAAUCUAUCAGCUCUCUUCCCCGGGGCACAUUUAUCCGUAGCGGGCGUUCAUUUCGACUCCAAAACUGUUUUUUCCGUCCUCACAGCAUUGUUCGUACUACCUACAGUAUGGUUACGGGAUCUUAGCUACUUGUCCUAUGUUUCAGCUGGAGGCGUUAUAGCAUCUAUGGUAGUGGCAUUUUCAGUGGUCGGGGUUGGUGCGAUUGAUGGUGUUGGGUUCUAUGAAACGGGGCCUCUCUUCAAGUUAUCUGGUUUGCCUGUAUCUAUUGGCCUGUUUGGCUUUUGUUAUUCCGGACACGCUGUGUUCCCGAACAUUUAUUCGUCAUUGCGGAAUAGGAAUGACUACAACAAAGUUCUAGGUGUGAGUUUCAUAUUGUGCACGCUUCUUUAUGCUGGAAUGGCCGUCUUGGGAUUCAAAAUGUUUGGAGCAGAUACUGCGUCUCAAAUCACCCUUAAUUUGCCCAAGCAAUUUCUGGCUUCCAAAAUAGCUGUUUGGACCACGGUGGUGAACCCGUUUACGAAAUUUGCAUUAACUAUGACACCAGUGGCACUGAGUUUGGAGGAACUACUGCCGCAUAGCCCCGACUCCUUGAAGCAUCGGUCCUCAUCAAUCUUUAUACGCACAGCGCUUGUGGUCUCUACUAUUGGUGUGGCAGUCCUAGUUCCGUUUUUUGGCUAUGUGAUGGCCUUCAUAGGUUCCUUCCUUAGUAUGACUGUGUCUUUAAUUCUUCCCUGUGCAUGCUUCCUCGCCAUAUUCGGCAAGAAAAUAUCGAUGAUUCAGAUAUUUUUCUGUGUUAUGGUGAUGUUAAUAGGGUUCAUCUGUCUGGUGUUGGGGACUUACUCCUCUAUCUCUGGCAUUGUUGCGAGCUACUCUCAACCCGAUAAUUUUCUUCCUUGAGUGCCCAUUGCAUUCAAUGAGAGCGAGGAAGUUUUUAAUUUUAUUUCAUCUCUUAUUUUAUAUAUAUAUAUAUAUAUAUAUAUAUAUAUAUAUAUUGCAACUUUGGGUGUGGGAUAUUGACAUCGCGGCCUUCAACUCAUGAAAUCCAAGUAAAAAGAUACGUAUUGUAUUUUAGCUACACCCAUGUACAACAAGGUAUAUUAGUUAAUAAGAAUCAAAUGGAAGAGUUCCAUAAUGCUUCCAGCGUCAA